AUGGAUCACACUAGAGAUGUCAUCAAAAGCCAAAUGGCUGAGUUGAAGGACCUCAUGAAGGAUAUCGCAGCCCUCAAUACCGAGCUGAAUAGCGCGGCUCCUCAUAAACAGAUUGAGUUGUGCUUAAAAAUGAUGGAAAAGACCUCCCAGAUUAAGACUCUCAAGGAAGACACUCAGCGCAAGAUUGACACAAUGGACGUCCACCGCAAAAAGACUCUCGCUCACCAGCUUCGCGAAAUUACAAAAGUCAUAGGUUAUGAUUGA